AUGAAAAUGAUGAAUAGCUCAAUGAUAUCUGAGUUUGUUUUGUUAGGACUCACCAACACUUGGGAACUUGAGCUUUUCUUUUUUUUCAUAUUUUUAUUGGCCUAUGCAGCGAUUAUGGCAGGAAACCUUCUCGUUGUGGUCACCAUCACCUUGGACUCUCAUCUGCACUCCACACCAAUGUACUUCCUCCUUGGAAACCUCUCCUUUCUUGAUAUGUCUCUUUCUACAAUCACAACCCCCAAGAUGGUUACAGACUUUGUCAGGAAGAAUAAAACUAUUUCUCUAUGGGGCUGUAUGGCUCAGAUGUUCUUCCUUCACUUUUUAGGGGGGGAUGAGGUGGUGCUAUUGGUGGUAAUGGCCUAUGACCGCUAUGUGGCCAUCUGCAAGCCACUCCACUAUUCAACCAUAAUGAACCUUCAAAAGUGCAUUGGGCUUGUGGUGACUUCCUGGACCAUUGGCUUUGUGCAUGCCGUGAGUCAAAUGGUUGUGAAUGUGGGAUUGCCCUUCUGUGGCCCCAGGGAAAUCGACAGUUUCUUCUGUGACAUACCACUGGUAAUUAAGCUUGCCUGCAUAGACACUUAUAACUGGGGGAUAUUAAUGAAUGCUGACAGUGGAGUUCCAACCAUGACAUGCUUUAUAGUGUUGUUGAUAUCCUACACAUAUAUUUUUCUUACUGUUUGCCGAAGCUCUAAAGCUGGCACCUCUAGGGCACUCUCUACCUGCACUGCCCACAUCACAGUGGUGCUGCUCUUCUUUGGGCCCUGCAUCUUCAUCUAUGUGUGGCCACCCAGCAUUACCUGGGUGGACAAAUUUCUUGCUGUAUUUUACUCUGUUAUUACACCUCUUCUAAAUCCAGCCAUUUAUACCCUGAGAAAUAAAGAGAUAAAAAUUGCUAUAAAGAGAUUCAGAAGCUACUACAUACAUCCCAAGGGAAAUAUUUAA